GCGGAAUCAAUUGCUGCUUCGGCCCCGGAAAACUAUGCUCAAAAGAGUAUUUUUCUGCAGUAUACAAACAAUAGACAGUUCUUGCUAUUCUACUUGUACUCGUACAUUAAGAUUCUCUACUCCAAAUGGCUACUCCUUUCACCCUCACCGAAAGCGACCGGCAGAUCCUCUCCAUGACCGACGAGGAAUUUGUCCCGCACGACUGGGAAGAUCUAGCUGCGAUAAUAGCCAAAAAUGACCUCGGCGCCCUCAAGCGGAAACCCUCCGAUCUCCUCCGAUACCUCUCAUGGUCCAGCAGCACUAAAGCCCAGUACGGCACCAUAACCAACUACAUCUGCCAGGUCCGUUUAAAAUGGCACCUCCCGGACCCUUCCUCUUCCACCUCCACAUUGGCCAAUAGUGCCUCAGGCACCGCCGACAGCGGCCCCGUCUUGCCGUUCGCGAACCCGAUCCCUUUUGCCGAUCCCUCGGACUACAAGAUCCUCCGCAAUGACUGGCCGUAUGGGUUGGCGUCGGGGAUCGUGCAUUUGGUUGUUUGGUUGAGGACGCCGGUUCCGGUGAAACAGGAUGGCGGGGAUUUGACAGAUGAGUCGAGGGGGUUGAUUGAGGGGUUUGUCAAGAGGGUGUUUGUGGGGAGGUUGGAGGGGGAGGGGUUUGACGAUGCUGAGGGGCGGGUUCUGUGGUUUAAGAAUUGGAGUGCGCUACAGAGUGUCAGAUCUCUGGAGCAUGUUCAUAUUCUUGUGAGGGAUGUUCCGGGCCACAUUCUAGAGGAGUGGACAGGGUAAACCAUGAUGAUUACUUGCAAUAUUCUAUAACGACUAAUGAAACGCAAUAUAUUCUAUUCACCC